CAUUUUAGUUCAAGUCACACAAGCCGAUAUCAGGAGGCAUUCGCUCGAUUUGGUAAAUGAAAACCACCAAAAAUUCGACGAACCGAGAGAACGCCGAAGACAUCGUUACGCGCCAAUUCAAGAAACUGUGUACUACAUUGCACUUUAGCCCGGUGUUCACUACUUCAACGACUUAGCAGAAUCCGAAAUGAACCAUGGUGUGGCAAGCAGUAACCAUGGACCACCAAGCUCAUUUUCAAGUCCGAACGAAGACCUUCACCCGAUGCCCUUCGUUAUGGUAGAAGAACCACUUCUUCCUGCCAGUAGAGAGCAUCGUAAGACAGUUCGCCACCAUGUCAUGCGAGCUGUACACUCUCGCCGCAGAGCGCAGAACAAGUCUACAGUGAGAAAGCAUACCUUAAUUCAGAAGGAUAAAUCAGCAUCAUCAGCAUCAAAUCCAGAUUCAAAAACUCCUGAAGCAAGUGCUAAUGGCAGUUUUGCCUCUCCAAUUUCAUCGUUGGAACCCGACGCUAUUAAUGAGAGUGCCGAAGAGUUGGCCAAGCCAUCGAGUGCUGUUGCGCACCCAACGAAUCAAAUUCAACAGCUUAUUAUCACCAAUCCCAAUGAAUCAUCUUCUCGACAUUCAAAAGGCCAAGGCGGUACAAUAGAAGAUUCACGAUUCUUCUCUAUUGCUGGAUUUAUACGUCCAUUCGAACAAUGGACCUUUGACUCUUCUACUCCAUAUGCAAUAUUCCAGCUGGACGGAGCUCCCAUUCUCUGCAUGCGUUCAGAAGGUUGGCCAUUUCCUGAGUCAACUGGCCGCUUGACCCCAAAAGUCUCUGUUUGGAUGCCCAGCAGGAUCAUUCCUAUUCCGAACUUCCGCUCCCCGCGUGACUGCUUACACAACAGCGCUCAAGUCUUACCUCACAUUCACAACAGUCAGGAGUACUUCGCCUUCAAGGUGGAGACAAUCAAGUGGAUCAAUGGAAGAUUGCGGAACGAUGUCCUUGGGACCAGCGACACUACCAUUGGAAGUAUUUUGCUGCUCAUCAGCUUCGAGAUCGCUCGUGGUAACAAUGUAGAAUCCAUCCAUCAUGUCAAUGGCCUUGAACGAAUUGUUAAUCUCCGGGGAGGUAUUGGCAGUUUCGGAAAUAACAAACACUUCCUGGUCAAGGUUUUACUUCUAGACCUCAUUGUCGCAAUCAUGAGUAACACCACCCCCCGAUUCAUCCAAGCUUCAACCUCUACAUCUUUACCCCCAAAUAUCCUCGGCAUUCGACUUAACCGCAUUUCCGACUCUCCUCUUUGCAGCACACGCCGGCUUGAACACGUGCUUCGCGGUUCACCCUUCUGCUUGAAAAGCAUCCAAUCCCUCCAACACAUGCAAGACCUCACGACUAGUCACCAAACCCGCUUAAGCUCUCCAAAAUACACCCUCCCGCCCCUCUCAGCCACAGCCAACAAACCUAUCACCCUCCUCCACCGAAUAAUACACCUCACAGCAACGAUCUUCGCAGCCGCCACACAUACACCACCAACUCCCUUUUCGUCACCUCUAAACCUACCCAUAGCGCAGGAACUCUGUCAAGCUCUCGAAUCUCCUGACAACGAUGCAACGUGGGAUGCUUUCCCUGGAAUCUUCGUAUGGAUUCUCUUGACAGGCGCAGCGGCAUCGCCGGAUAUGAGUCCUCAACAUAGUUAUUUUGUGUCCCUGCUCAUGAAAGUUGGACUUGGGGCUGGCUAUGGCUGGUUCGAUGAGUUGAGUACGUCGAUGGGGGUCUUUACGACAAUUAAGAGGAGGGCUGAGGGUUUAACAUUCGGAUAGUCCUGGGAUCUUGCGAAAUGCAUAUGGGUCUCUGUUCCAGGCAUCUUGCAGUAGCUUUUGACCUGAAGCAACAAAGUCCAGCACGCCAGCUAUGCUACGCAAUUUAUUCCCCGACCCUGGCGAGCCUGGGCUGGGAUGUUAGAAAUAUGAUUGAGAAUGCUUUGUUCUAUGGCAUUGCUUAAGCGAGAGCACGCUGCCGAAAGUCAACAAACAACUUCUGCUUCUUCCCAACAUCCUUCUUCCUAACCACCAUCAAGAAACAGCAUUAACAUUAUUCUAAAAUAUUUCCAAUGUUAAUUUUCUACCUGCAUCCAGUAAAUCCAUUAAGCCA